GCAAACAAAGGGGCGGGGCUACGCUAAUGAGCGGCUCUCAGUGCGCCGCGCCGGCCGCCAUGGAGGAGGAGCCCCAGGAGCCCCCGGAGUCCCCGGAGCCGGCAGCGCGGGAGCCGCGAGUGCGGGAAACCCCCGAGGACAUUUGUCUGGAGGCCACGGCCAACGCCAUCGCGCUGCACCCGGUGCGGCCGCUGCUGGCCGCGGGGGACGUGGACGGCGAUGUGUACCUGUACUCGUACUCCUGCACCGAGGGCGAGAACCGGCAGCUCUGGUCCUCGGGACAUCACCUCAAGUCGUGCCGGGACGUGGCUUUCUCCCAGGACGGGCAGAAGCUUUUCACUGUGUCCAAGGAUAAGGCCAUCCACAUUCUGACAGCGGAGGAGGGACGGCUGGAAACGCGCUUCCCCAAGGCCCACGAGUCGGCUCUCAACUGCGUGCUGCCCAUCGACGCGCACAUCUUUGCCACGGGCGAUGACGGCGGGGCAGUGAAGGUGUGGGACCUGCGCAGGGGCAGUGCCAUCCUGGAGGCACGGCAGCAGGAGGAAUACAUCAGCGCCAUGGCCGUGGAUGGCAACGGGAAGAUCCUGCUGACAGCCAGUGGUGAUGGCACCCUGGGCGUCUUCAACAUGAAGAGACGGCGCUUUGAGCUGCUGUCGGAGCCGCAGAACGGGGACCUGACAUCUGUGGUGCUGAUGAAGAGGGGGAGGAAGGUGGCAUGUGGCUCCAGCGAAGGCACCAUCUACCUCUUCAACUGGGAUGGCUUUGGGGCCGCCAGCGACCGCUUUGCGCUCAGGGCAGAGACCAUUGACUGCAUGGUGCCCGUCACGGACAGCAUCGUGUGCGUCGGGUCCCUGGACGGAGUCAUCAGGGCCGUGAACGUGCUGCCGAACCGCGUGCUGGGCUGCGUGGGGCAGCACCUGGGCGAGCCCAUCGAGCAGCUGGCCGUGGCCGCGGACGGGAAGCUCCUGGCCAGCAGCGGCCACGACCAGAAGGUGAAGUUCUGGGACGUGUCGGCGCUCGGCUCCAUGGUGGUCGAUGAUUACCGCCGGAAGAAGAAGAAGGGCGGGCCGCUGCGCGCCCUCAGCAGCAAGGCGCUGGGCAGCGGGGAGGAUUUCUUCGCCGACCUGCGGGACGAGGCCGAGCCGGAGGAGGGGGCGGGAGAUGGCGGUGGCAGCGGCGACAGCGACACCGACAGUGACUGAGCGGGGCCGGGGCCGCGCCCCCUCAGCCCCUGGGCGGGGCUGUGCGCGUCCAUCUCGCGGGGCGCGGCCAAUCAGAGCCGAAGCCCCAGGGAGUGCCCGCCCACGGGGCGUGGCCUCCCUGCAAUACUGUCACUGUCGGCGGGCAGGACGCUCGCAUUCUGAUUGGCUUCUAGGGCUGCCAAUCAAGCUGGGCUGUGGGCGCGGUGUUAAAGGGACCGCGCGUGUCGGAGCAGGUGGGGUCUCGAGGGGGAGCGGUUGUGAGGGCUCGGAGGAGGGCCCGGGAUGGCGGGACAGCCUGGCCAUGGUGGGGCGGAGGGUCCUGCCGGAGGGGUGUCCCUGAUAUCGGCGGGGCCUGGACGGGAGGCCCUUAGGGGUGGGGGGCCAUGGCUGAGGGGAGAGGGUCUGUACACGGGGGGACAUGGCUGAGGGCCCCUGGUGAAGGUUAUGGGGCAAGGGGCUGUGACUGAACAUCCCUGCUGAAUAAGAGGGCUCUGAGACUGGGGGGACAUGGCCAGGUGUUCAUCCCUUCCUGCCUUGCUGUCCCAGCAGGUCAAUUAUCCUUUGUAAAUUAAUUAAUUCUUUAACUCUGUUAGAAAUAAACCCAGUGCCUUUUACUUCCCAGCG